AUGUUUAUAUCUGAGUUCGGCCAAGGUUCGAACUUGUGUAAUUUGUGUAUUGGUCCUAAACUGGUCCUAUCAUGUCCUAUCAUUUCAAGGCUCUUUGUCCUCUUGCUGGCUCUGUCACUGGCGAUUUCCUUAGCCAUCAAGGCAUGGCUGCCUCCAGACAUUCUACAGCGGCCCUCCAUCAAAGACAUUGCCAACUUACUCUGCCAGGCUUAUGCCGACAGCCCAGCUGGCGAGUCAUGCAAAAUAGGCGGCUGCCAAAGCCAGCGCUACUUGUGUGGUCAAUCCUGGGCUUUCUGGGUUGGCUUCAUCGAGCCUGAAGAGGCGCCUGGCGAUACCACCUUCACCUUUAUGGCCUUUUUCUCUGUGUGUCUGGUUAGACAUAUUUGCCUCGUGGAAAUCGGCAAGGAUCUUGCGAGGAAAGACUCCAAGGAUGACACCGACAGUGAGAAGAUGCCAUCUCAGGAGCUUGUUGAUAGCACAUCGCCAACGCAGGUGGAUGCCGAAGUCACCUCCGAGGAAGGAAGGAAAUGGAGUGAUGCACUGCCGCAAUUGUUUAUCAUUUGGUCUUCCUUCGUUCUGACCUUUUCGCUGGCUUUGACCGCACUCUUGCAACCACGCUCGAACCUCUUCACAUUGGGUUAUCUGUCUCUCCUGGUGUGGUACAUUUUCUCAGCGGAAGGGGUUAGAGGUGGGGAGACAACCUUGGCUUCGCGUUCGAAUGCCAACAAGUGGAUUCUCGCUUGCAACCUGGUCGUAGCUUUCGCCUUGUGCCUUUUUCAGUGCCCCGCAGUUCCAUGUCCCUUCGCCACAUCAAUUGAGUGCGGAGAAGAGGCCUGUCCAAGAACCUUUAUGGUUUCGCCAUCUUUGUGCAUGGAGCUUUCUGAAAGAUCCAGCAUCUCUUUGAACGGAAGCUGGCAACCUCUCACAAUGUUGCUGGAGUGGAUUGGAGUGCAAAAGUUUCCAGAAGGCUUGAACUUCGUAUGGUGCAAAAUCUGGAUCUUCCUGGUCUUUGUGGCAUCCCUCAUGCAGGACCUCACAUUUGACCGGUGGAAUGAGCGACUUCAUUCCCACUUGUGCGGAGAGGUGAAAAUCCGCAGUCUGCGAGAGCGCUGGUACCACGAACACUUGUUGCACUGGCGUCGCUAUGAACUCAGACGUAUUGACAUGAAGCACAAGGUGCUGAUGGUGAAACUUCAGAGCCUGAUGUCUUACAUUGGAGAGUUGAGAGCCAUUUGGGAGAGCAAGCGUGGUGAACUCACAGUGCAAGAAAAAGCACAAAGGGCGAGAGGAGACCGGAUUUUAAGCCUGUGCCUGCAAAGUGGUCAUGCACCACAAGUGGUGGAGCCUCUUUUGGAGGAAUUCUCUGCAGAAGCGGCUUUGACUUCUGGUCCUUUUGAGAGGUUGCUGUCAGUUGGAGCUGGCGUCUCAUCAGCAGCACUAGAGGAGGAGCCCUAUGGUGGCGUGCUGCUGGAUUACGGGUCACACACGGGUCACUGCCAGGACAAAUUGUCGGCAAAAGAUACCACCACGUGGGAGGUGGUGCAUCUGGAAGCGAUUGAAAGCAUCAACAGCUGCGUCUUGGAACAUUUGCAGGACAUUCAACUGCAGCGGCUCAGACGUAUUAGUUCCCAGGAUCUAUCCGAGCGCAAAAUCCAGCUGCUCCAACGUUGCGCUGCUAUUGGAGAGGAAACUUGUUCUUCUUUGACAGACAGUGCUGCUCUUUCAAAGGAGCCAGAAGUACCUUCAGAACAUACAAGCAGAUCAAGCACCACAUUGAGGCUGAAGGGAGCAACCUCCCGCAGCAGAAGUAAGUUGAAGCGCCAGGAGACACAGGAAUUUCCCAAGGAGAAGGAUACUCUGACAAAGGUGCUUGGCAUUGUCAAGGCGAAAGUCGUGCAGCUGAUGAAUUUGGCAGUUUCUGGCCUCGUGGAUGACUUCCUGUACACUUGCGAUGCAGUAGAAACUCUUCAAAGUCACCGAAGACAUGAUGGUUUUCUGACCUUGAUGUACAAGGCGUUCUGGUCACAAACGCUACCCCUGCUCUUGGUUGUGUCCUUGGUGCACUUCACAGUGUAUACUUCUGUGGUGAGCGCCAUGACAAUAUGCGCGAUUGUGGCUUCCCUGAUGUCUUUCCCGCAUCAACAUCCACUGUUCUGGAAGAUGCUGAUCUACUUCAACCUGUGCGUAGUCCUUGUCAAGGUGCUAUAUCAGCUGCCGAUUUUUCCAGUGUCAGUGGACACCAGUGGCUUGCAGGAAGAUUUGGAACAUGGGCUAUUUUCUGGAAUCCCUGUGCCGUGGGAAUCAGUCCUUGGGCUCAUCAAGGUUGCACCCAAGCUGUCAGACGAGGAUGAGACAAUAUCGAAAGAACUCGCUGCAGCUCUCAAACAGCUCGAGAGUCGCAAUCUUUUCCGAUCUUCUUUGUUGGGUCUGCUGUGGCCAGACCUGUUGGUGUUUGCCUUCCUGGUAUUUCACUGGCACACUCUGCGCAACAGUGGUCGCUUGGCCAAUCCAGCUCGGAUUUGCUGCAGGCUUGCCAUGGACGACCUGAAAAAUAGGAAAGGAGGCCGCCACUUGACCCUGUAUGGGAUGAAGGAAGCAGCAGGGCCCAAAAUGCAAAAGAAUCUUACUCGAGGGCUCUCGGAACUGCCUACUAGUCCUUGCGCUCAAGUGGAAUCCAAGGGGUACUGCCUUGAGGCUUUGACGGGCCAAUUCAGGAAUAUGUGGAGGGCCAUGGGAUUGCGAAAACCUGCGAUGGACUUCUUUGUCGUUCGAGCAGGUCUGAUGAUGUGCUGUUUUUGCAUCAUCCUCAUCAGCUGGGAGCGCCUGGUGGAAGGCGGCGAAUCCUUCGCAGACUCAUUGACUUCGAACAGCUUCAGCGGCGAGCAGGUUGCUGCUGUUGUGGUAUUCCUGGUUCUGAUGGUGCAAGUUCGAGCAGAAUACACGUGGUAUACACAGUGGAGAGGCCCAGAAGCAAAAGCUGAGGACAAGCGAGAAAGACAAGACAUAGCUAUUGACUCUCGAGGUGCCUCUGCUGCCCGAUCUGUGAAGUCACCAGGGACAGGCGAUGUAAAUAUCAAUACUGCGGUGUUCCUUGGGCAGAGGAUCCUCUUUUUGACGGAAUUGAUUGGCUUGCACAGCAUCUUCAUUGUCCAGUGGGCCAUCAGUGCAACAAAUACGCCGAGGAUGAGCAACUCCGUCCAGCUUGCCUUCUAUCUGUUCUUCAUGCUCUAUUUGAUCUUCACCUCUCUCCAAAUGAGGUACGAUGUCCAUGUGACUUCUGGCGGCCUUGGGUUCACCCACAGCAUGGAUCUCUUCACCAGUAUCGCAUUUAAGGUUUACCUGGCGAUUCCCUUUGUGGAAGAGAUGCGGGUUCUGACCGACUGGACCAUCACCAGGACAUCAAUGGAUUUCUUCAUGUGGAUGAAGUUGGAGGAUACUCAGCAGAGUCUUUACAGGACCAAGCGGGAUUUCUACUUGAGACGUUGGUAUCCACCUGCAGCUCCACGACCAGGAUGGGAGAAGGUCUUGCAAGGUGGUCUACUUCUUGUAGGUCUGAUAGUUCUCAUUGUCGCACCCAUAGCUCUUUUCUCCACCUUGAAUCCAAGUUUGCAAGCAAAUCGGCUGACCUCUGCUACUUUGUCCGGGAAUCUGAUUGUCCAAUCUUCAGCUGAGGGGAUUCGACAGAUGCGACUAUACAGAGGAUCGCAAGUCUCGAUUGUACAAGAACUUGUUCACUCGGACAUGUCUCGUGAUGCAGCAGAGGUGAGCUUUGGGGCACUAUCUGAGGAAACUUUCGAUUCUCAGACGGUGUUCCAAGCACGUGUUGCCCAAGCUUUGGGCGAGCCGGAUGUUACAGCUUGGUUUCAAUUCAAGUACCAACUGGAGUUCAACGGUGACACGCUGAAAGGUGUCACUGCCAAUGCUGUGCACCGAGUGGCAUUGGACAAAAACACGACACUGGACAUUGGCAACCUGGUCAACGAAAGCCUCUCCCAGGAUGUGACGACCAAGGCAGCCAUUCGCCUCCCGGCGGCGUUGCAAGCGACUCUCCGGGUGAAUUCCAAUUUGGAGGUCUCAUUCCUGGGCGAUUGGUUUGAUCUCUACCUCACUUUCCAGUCUGGCGGCAGGGCGGAAGGCUGGGGAGCUAAAGACAAGUCCAGAGGCCGAUGGAGGUUAGGGAAGUCCAACUGCAAGGAUGCAGACCUGAAGCUGUCAGGUGAAGCUUUGGAAUGCCCAAUCACGCAACUCGUGGCAAGUGAAAAGAGUGCACCUGUACCUGUUGGAGCGUCUAGCUCCUGGAGUGUCAUGGGAAUUUACUUAGGUGUUGUGUACACCAUCGGACGCCUUCUUCGCGUCGUUUUUCAGGAUUCCUCGAAGCGAGUGAUCUACGAGGAAAUUCCAGAUACGUCACUGCUGGAGGAUUUGUGCAAUGGAAUCUACAUCGCGCGUAUCCAACAUCUUCUCCGAACAGAAUACAAACUGUACUACCAGUUGAUGUCCAUCCUGCGGAGCCCUGAACUGCUGCUGAACGUCACCGGCAACUUUUGUGACCAGAACUUUGAUGACGAGGUGAACAUUUCAGCAGCCAUGGAUGAUUACAUUCCACGGUUUCAAGGAGGUGUGGCAUGUGUAGAGUCAGUGUAUCAGUGGCAAGAUGACGGAGAAGCAGAUGCAGAUCUUUGA